CAGUGUGUUUCUGACAGUGCGCAUGUAAACACGUUUUCGAUAAAACAUAAUUAACUUAUUACAAAUAUUUUGUGAUACGAUUUGCCGAAGAGAAAUACUGAACCAUGUCUUGCGAUUGUGAUUAUAUCUUGAAGAAAGAAGAUGUAGAGACGCAGCACUACUCCAAUUGCAGCUCUCUGGCAGGAGGGGCGGCCAAACUUAGAAACCCGGAUGGCACCUUGACAUUGAAUAACAAGCAUCUGAAGUCACUGGAUUCGGAUUACCUGUAUCAUUUGGGCAUAGACACCGGGAGCUAUGAUCUGUCCAUGUUUGAAGACGUUAAGUUUGUCUGCUUGGGCGGUAAGAAGCAUAGGAUGCACGAGUUUGCCAAGUACAUGACUAGAGUACUUGGCUUGGAGACAGGGGAGAAGUUGGUCAACUUGACCAAGCAUUCCAAGAGGUUCGCCAUGUACAAAGUAGGCCCAGUCCUGUCUGUCAACCAUGGCAUCGGAGUUCCGUCCAUGACGACCGUCCUUCAAGAGGUCAUAAAGCUGAUGUACUACGCCAAGGCUAAGGACCCCAUCUUCAUCAGACUGGGAACCAGUGGGGGUCUCAACGUCCCGGCGGGGUCCGUCGUGAUAUCCUCGUGUGGACUCAGCGGGACAAUGGAGAAGUCUUAUGACUUGCCAAUAUUGGGCCAAGUCAGACGUAUGCCAAGCAUCUUGGACGCGAGGCUUAGUCAAGAGAUUCUUCAGGUCGCCAACGGAAUCAAAGAAUUUAAUACCUACAUCGGGGCUACUAUGGGUGCUGACGACUUCUACAGAGGCCAGGGGCGUUUGGACGGGCCGUUCUGCGACUACACAGAGGAAAACAAGAUGGCGUUCCUGCGUAAGCUGGCUGGACUGGACGUGAAGAACAUUGAGAUGGAGGCAACAGCAUUUGCUGCCUUCACUUCUCAGGCAGGCGUGCGUGGUGCCAUCAUUUGUGUGACUUUCCUAGAUCGUCUCCACGGGGAUCAAGUUCUUACGCCUCCGGAAACUUUGGCCAAGUGGGAAGAGAGGCCUAUGGCUAUUUUAGGCAAAUUAAUCGCUAAAUACUGUGACAAAAAGGCUUAAAAUAGCAACGAAAUAAACUUUGAACGAAUAUGUUUUUUUUAGAUUUUAUUUUAAGAAUAAAAUAUUAGACCUAGUAAUUUAGGGUACAAU